AUGGAAGCGGCAGCUCGGGGCAGCGCAAUCCAAGACCAGUUUCGCGUCUACCGCACCGAGAUUGAUGCGUACAACGAUCGGCGCGAACGGCUGAUCAAGGCGUCGCGCGACGUCACGACCCAGUCGAAGCGCCUCAUCUUUGUCCUCCACCGCUUCCCACACGACGCCCUGCCGCUGUCCUCGGGCGAGUCGAGUCGGAGCACCAAGGCGGGCGCGAGGAUCAUCAAGGAAGCGACGGAGAAGCGCGACGAGAUCAUGAAGAUCCUCGUCGAGACGGCGUUGCGCGAGGGCUUGAGCGAAUCGACCAUCUUUGUGGCGGAGGCGGCAACAGACGCUGACGGCGCCAAGACAGUGGUACGCGACGGAGACGCCGAGAUUGGGCGGGCAUACAGACAUGAGAGAUCGCUCGGCGGCGGGUUGGAAGAGUUUAUCGAGGGAGUAUCCUUCUUGCACUUUCUUCAAGAGGGCAAGCUCAUCAGCCUUGCCGAGGUCCAAGCGAUGUUCACUACUGCCGACGGUGUCGUUGCCUACCCCGUCCCGCCAUUCCGCUAUCUCCUGGGACUCUCGGACUUGACAGGCGAGCUCAUGCGCUUUGCGACCAAUGCAGUCGGUGCAGGAGACACGGGCGCCGUCGUCAAUGUCGUCCUGGAGCUCAUGCGCGACAUUCGCACUGCCCUGGACCCUUUCAUUCCCCUGAUCCGCGACAUGAGAAAAAAGCAGCAGGUCACUUCGCAGUCGAUGCGCAAGAUCGAAGAUGUUUCCUAUGCGAUAAAGGUCCGCAGCUCCGAGUACGGGUCGGAUCCCGCCGCACUCCAGGAGAUGGUGCGGAGAUCUCUCAGAGGAGGCAGUGGCGGAGGAGGGGAAGGGGCGCCGGAUGAGAUUGAUGAGGACUAG